GCGCCCCGCCCUGUCCGGCCGCGGUUUCGCUCCCCCGGUUUCCUCCGCGUCCGCCGCGCCCCCCACGCCCAGGACCCCGGCGCCCCUUUCUCGUCUGCUCGCCGGGUCCAGCCAUGGGCCCCGCCGCUCGCCCCGCGCUGAGGGCGCGGCUGCCGCUGCCGCCGCCGCCGCCGUCCCCGCCGCCGCCGCCGCCGCCACUGCUGGCCCUGCUGGCCCUGCUGCCGCUCUGGCUGGGCCUGGCGGGGCCCGGGGCCGCGGCGGACGGCGGCGAGCCUGCGGCCGGGGCAGGGCGGGGCGGGGCCCGCGCCGUGCGGGUGGACGUGAGGCUGCCGCGGCAGGACGCUCUGGUCCUGGAGGGAGUCAGGAUCGGCCCCGAGGCCGACUCGGCGCCCCCGCUGGGCGGCCGCCUGCUGCUGAUGGACAUGGUGGAUGCUGAGCAGGAGGUGCCGGUAGAAGGCUGGAUCGCGGUGGCGUAUGUGGGCAAGGAGCAGGCGGCCCAGUCCCACCCGGAGAGUCAAGGCAGCGGUCCGCAGGCCUAUCCCAGGGCCCUGGUCCAGCAGAUGCGGAGGGCACUCUUCCUAGGAGCCUCUGCCCUGCUUCUCCUCAUCCUGAACCACAAUGUGGUGCGAGAGCUAGACAUAUCGCAACUUCUGCUCAGGCCGGUGAUUGUCCUCCAUUAUUCUUCCAACGUCACCAAGCUGUUGGAGGCAUUGCUGCAGAGGACGCAGGCCAUGGCUGAGAUCACCAGUGGAGAGUCCCUGUCAGCCAACAUCGAGUGGAAGCUGACCCUGUGGACCACCUGUGGCCUCUCCAAGGAUGGCUACGGAGGAUGGCAGGACUUGGUGUGCCUGGGAGGCAGUCGGGCCCAGGAGCAGAAACCCCUGCAGCAGCUGUGGAAUGCCAUCCUGCUGGUGGCCAUGCUCCUGUGCACAGGCCUUGUGGUCCAGGCCCAGCGGCAGGCGUCGAGGCAGAGCCAACAGGAGCCCGGAGGCCAGGUGGACCUGCUCAAGCGCCGUGUGGUGCAGAGACUGGCGUCUCUCAAGACCCGGCGCUGCCGUCUGGGCAGGGCAUCGCAGGGCCCCCCAGAACCUGGGGCUGAGACCUGCGCCGUGUGUUUGGACUACUUCUGCAACAAGCAGUGGCUCCGGGUGCUCCCUUGUAAGCAUGAGUUUCACCGGGACUGCGUGGACCCCUGGCUGAUGCUCCAGCAGACGUGUCCACUGUGCAAAUUCAACGUCCUGGGUGAGCACCAAGGGUGGGGGCCCUAGGCUGGCUAUGCCUGGUCCCCGCCUGACAUCUCUUCCCUGUUCUUUUUCCACCUCCCCUGCAGGGAACCACUACUCAGAUGACUAGCUGCCCCAGCUGGGUCUCUGCACAGUGGGAAGGGACCCCUCUCCUGGAACAGGAGAUCAGGAUGGACAGGACAGAAGGCCCUGUGGGCGGGAGAAAGACAGGGGCCUCCCCUGCUGAGGGGCAAAGUGCCCCACCACAUCCACACUGGGAAGGAGGGGCCGCUGAGCCCCGGGGCCAAGGAUGCAGUGCCUGGACCUGCCCGGUCAAAGAAGGGAAGCCACUUUGGGGCCCUUCUCUGCCGUCCCUGGGUGUCUGUCUCUGCUCUCCUCAUAGGCAGCUCCCACGACCCUGGGCAGGGCCCUGGGGAAGGAGGGUAAGGGGCAGUGUGGCUGUGCCCUCUUCUGUCCGGGCAUUCCUGGAGGCUGAGGCUGCAGUGGCCAGGUUUUGUGCUUAUUUAUUGGGGGGGAGGGGGCCUGGGGGAGAAGCUGUCUGGCCUUGGAGGUCCCCUGGCCUGAGCAUCUCUCAGGACGCAUCUCAGUCGAGGUUGCGAUGUUCCACCCAGAGGCCCUUCCACUGCUUGCUUCCCUAGGUCCUCGGACACUAAGAGCUGUGGGUCCCACUGCCUGUCCAGCUGGGCUCCCUUCCCGGGACCAGAGGCCUUAGAAGCCAUCCAGGCCUGUGCCCCGCAGGGCUACAGGUCACUGACCAGGAUACUUGAAGCCGCAGGAUAAAUGUGGUGCAUCUUCCAGGGGCAUCCAUUUUUUAAAGAAGGUUUGGGGUAGAGGAGGUUUAAUAUUAAAAUAAACAUGAGUAUAUUUUAACUUA